AUGUCGUCAUCGACGGAGCCCAAAUCUCCUGUGAAUGAACAAGAUGAUACCGAAACUACUUAUAGUGUUAAUGAAGAGGAAGAUGAUGGAUCCGAAAUGGAUGGUUUUUCUAAUGUUAAACCGAAACUUCUAAAAACGCCAAGUAUACUGAAUGCUAUUAUUGAUCAAAUACAUCCUGAUGUCAUAGCAAAAUCCCAUCAAUCGAAUUUUGUCCUAUUUCCUCCGAAACUAGAAGGCUGUACGGUUGUCGAUCUUGGCUGCGGCGUGGGUCGCGAUGUUUUUAUCUUAUCCAAACUUGUCGGAGAAAACGGUCAUGUUUUUGGUGUGGAUUCAGACAAAGAACAAUUGGAUUUUGCUCGUCAACAUGUGCAUUACCAUGCGAAAAAAUUUGGAUUAUCGAAAACCAAUGUGGAAUUCAUCGAAGGCGAAAUCGAUCGAUUAGAAGAUACGAAACUGAAAGAAAAUUCCGUUGAUGUAGUUGUAUCGAAUAGUGUUGUUAAUUAUCGAAGAGAUAAAAAGGCAAUUAUUGAAGGUGCUUGCAAGAUUCUCAAGCCGGGCGGAGAAUUUUACUUUUCUGACGUUUACGUCAAUCGACCAAUACCCGCAGAAUAUCAAGAGUUAUUAUCUGGCGAAUAUAUUGGUGGUGCACUUCGCUGGGAGGAUUUAAUUUUAUACGCUACCGAAGCAGGUUUUACGCAACCACGUCUUGUUACUGCUAAACCAUAUGUCGUAACAAACGACGAUAUUCAAAAGGCAAUUGGCAAAACGAAAUUUGUCUCAGCAAUAUUUCGAUGCUUUAAGUUGCCCCACGUCGAAGCAGAGGUCACACCAUUCAAUAUUCCCUAUCAAUUAACAUAUGAAACACCUUUAGUCAGUGCCGAAGAUGAAUUUUUCUUCGAUCAUUCAUUGCAAUUCAAACUGGGAGAACUCUUAGUUGUAGACGAUCCGUCUAUUGCAUUUGCACUGAGUCUGUCGCGAUAUAAAGAAAAUUUUACUUUCGAUCCAAUUGCAGACGCAGAAACCGUUACAGUUAUUGAAACAGUCGAAGAAAUACCAGCGGCACAGGAUAAUGAUGACACUAAUAAUGAUUCAAAACAUCUCAAACACAGAGUAUAUGUGAAAGUAGACUCAGACAAUAACCAUACUGAUAGCACCUCGGAUUUGAACAUUCCUGAUAAUGUUUAUGUAUCAGAUAUAUCAAAUUCACAAUUAAACUACUCGUCACAACUAUCUAUAAAUUCUACCAAGAAAGAUCUUGACGAUCCGUCAACUUUAUUACGUUCGAAUAAUUCGGCAAUAGUUUCUAAGAUGCAGAAUACAACUAGUUCGCCUAAUCUAAGUGCGAUAGGCACUGGCAUUGUUCCACCACCAAUGCAGUCUCCGCAGCAACAACAUAUGCAAUCGACAACACCAUCCGCUGCGAAUGGAAAAGAUGAAUUUCGUGGUUGGUUGUACAAAUGGACAAAUUAUUUGAAAGGUUAUCAAAAACGCUGGUUUGUUUUACAAGCUGGCAUACUAUCAUACUAUCGUUCGCAAGAUGAAAUGACUCAUACUUGCCGCGGCACAGUUUAUCUAGAGUCGGCACACUUAUCAUCAAAUGAUUCCUGUCAUUUUGUUAUUUCGAACGGUUCAACUGUACUACAUUUACGUACAUCAAAUGAAAACGAUAAACAACGUUGGAUGAGUGCGUUAGAAUUAGCAAAACAGAAAGCAUUGAAAGUUCGAAAACAAUAUCAUGAUUCGGAUGAGGAGAUUUCGACUGCUGACGAUACUAAUAAACAACAGCCAGUGCAAGUUAGUUCACCCAAACCCAGAAAACAGUCGCCUAAUGCAAUUGAACGAACAGAACUAGCGACGAUGAAUAAAACAUUCGAUGCCAAGUUAGAAGAUCUUAAAAUGUGUAUGGAUUUGAUUAAUCGACAUUAUCAAGCACUUCACCGCACCCUCGGUGAUUUGGAACAAAUCGAUAAAUCAGAAGGAACGAUUAAUACAAUCAAGAGUGUCAAUGAACGCGCAACCUUGUUUCGAAUUACGUCCACGGCAAUGUUGAACGCUUGUCAAGAGUUAGUACAAUUAAUUCAAGGCCAAGGUCGUAAAUGGCAAAAGGCAGUUCAAUCUGAGCGCGAUGCACGUGUGCGUAUGGAACGUAUGUGUGAACAGGUCGCCUCUCAAAGUGCAAAAUUAGAAAAACAGAUUCAGCGUGCAUCGCGGAUGGAUAAAACUGUUGCAAAAUCUCCGGAUCCUCGUACUCCAAAUGAAGAUAGUUGCUCAUCAGACAGUGACGAAUUUCAUGAUGCGGAAAGUGUCUUUCGUAUUCCACUUCAACAUACAUCAGCUAAUGAAAAACAAUCAGGUAAAAUUGUCGAUGGCGAUGUUAGCUCGUGUGAUGACGACAACGGCGACAAUGAUGAUGAAAGUGAAUCUGAAGAACGUAAACAAGAGAAAUUACCCGUCGUGAUUGUUAAAAGAUCAAAGCAACCUGAAACAUCUACAAAUGUUCCAUCAACAACUGUCAUGAAACCUACUGAAAAUACUGUUACGACAACCGGAUCGAAACGAAAACGUCGUGACCGUAUCCCUGAACGACCCAAUUUCAGUAUUAAUCUAUGGAGUAUCAUAAAAAAUAGUGUGGGAAAAGAUCUAUCUAAAAUACCAGUACCCGUUAACUUUAGUGAACCUCUAUCAAUGUUGCAACGUAUAACGGAAGAACUCGAGUACAGUUCUGUUCUUGACAUAGCUGCCAAAAUAGAUGAUAACUGGGAACAACUAGCCUAUGUUGCUGCAUUCACUGUUUCAUCGUAUUCAACUACAGCAACGCGAGUUAAUAAACCUUUCAAUCCAUUGCUUGGUGAAACGUAUGAAUGUGAUAGAACAGAUGAUCUAGGCUGGAGAGCAUUAGCAGAGCAAGUUAGUCAUCAUCCACCAGCUUUGGCAACACAUGCGGAAGGCCAAGGAUGGACUAUGUAUCAAGAAUUUACCAUGGGAUCGAAAUUUCGAGGGCAAUAUCUGAGCGUAACCCCAUUAGGCUACUCUCAUCUAAUAUUUAAAAAUACUGGUAAUCAUUUUACCUGGAAGAAAGUAACUACAUUAGUAAAUAAUAUCAUCGUUGGCAAGCUCUGGAUUGAUAAUGUUGGAGAGAUGGAUAUUAUCAAUCAUACAACAAAAGAUGUUUGUAAAUUGAAAUAUUUUCAAUAUAGCUAUUUUUCGAAAGAUGUUCCACAUAAAGUUACCGGUGUUGUCACAGAUUCCAAUUCGCAAGCUCGAUGGGUUUUAUCUGGCACAUGGACGGAAAAGAUUGAAGGUGGUCCUGUUGAAUCGCCUUCGUCUCGUCAUACACAUUCUCAUCAUAUGGAAACGCAUAACAUGAAAGUUUUAUGGCAACGCCGAAUGCCACCAGCAUAUUUAGAAAAGAUGUAUAAUUUCACUGAAUUGGCGAUUGAAUUAAAUGAAGAUGAGCCAGGUGUUGCCCCAACUGAUACUCGUCGUCGUCCAGAUCAACGUUUGAUGGAAGAGGCACGUUGGGAUGAAGCGAACCAAGAAAAACUUCGUUUGGAAGAAAAACAACGUCAAGUACGAAGACAACGCGAAAACGAAGCAGGUGGACAUGAUCUAUAUAAAUCGAAAUGGUUCAAAAAGCAAUACGAUCCACUGACGGAAUCAGACAUGUACGUCUAUACAAACGAAUAUUGGGAAUAUCAAAUAAUACACGAGAAUGAACAACUACUAUCCGGAUGUCUUUCCAGAAUGAUUGUCUCCCUAUCAGUCUUUUUUCUAUAUUGCUUGUGUUCGACGACGAGUGAACUUUCCAUUGGUCAUGAUAUCGGUCAGUACUAUUCGAAGAUUGGUCUCUAUGAAUAUGUUGAUUACUCGAAUGUCAAAUUUCUUAAAUUUAAUAUCUAUGGACCAACAACUCUAGCCAAUUGGUCUGUUACUAUCAGUACCGAGGGAAAGUGUUCCAAUUAUUUCCCUAAGAUUCAUUUUGAUCUUCAAUACGGUGCUUAUCCAUUGAUUAGUCCACUUAAUGAAUCAUUUCCUGAAUCGUAUAUAUCUUCACGUCAUGAUUUGUUGGUAAUGAUAUUCAAUCGAACCAUUUCCAACGGAACAGUUCAAUUAGAAAAUCCUUUGAUCGGAACAUGGUUCGCUAUGAUAUUUAUAGAAAAAUUACCAAUGAACUCGAAAUCUAAGAUAUCUUCCAGUGACUGUAACCUUUAUUUAACAAGUUGGCUUGAUUAUCAAGCAGUACCUGUUUUACUAACACUAACUAUCGAUCAGCCACUAUCAAUUAUUUUGUCUAAUAAUACAACAUUCGUUUACACAUCAUACUAUACAACAACAAGAAACACUCGAUUAAUUGUUCUUUCUAAUUGGACAUCGGACUGCGCGAUCACGAUAUUCGCACGCAUUAAUGCUCUGCCAAGUUUGUUUCAAUACGAUUAUCGAACAACUUGUCAAAAUUCUUCAUGUGUAAUGGAAAUCGAUCAGUUAGCUGCAUUUCUUUGGAUAUACUUUCAAAUAACAGUGAACAAUUCAACAUACCAAAAUACAUCUAUCGCUGGUGAUAUGCUUAUUCGUUUCCAAGAUGACAUCCAAGAUAUUCAGUCGUAUCCAACUCGACGAAUUGUUCGCAAUUUCUACUAUGAUUUUAUAUAUGUACCUUUACAUACAAAUAGUAGUACUCAUUCCAUUGUACUUAAUCAGCACAAUGCUUCGAUCUAUUCGUAUGAAUUCAUUGUUGAUGAUAAAAAUAUUGGUGGAACAAUUCAUUUCGAUUUUGACACACAACUAAAGUCUUUCAAUAUAUCGAAUAUGAAUGUCAGUAUUCUCGGCUGUUUAUCAAAAAAUCAACCGCGACGACAUCGAUCGUGUGAAAAUGAUUAUAAAAUACUCCUACAGCAGAACUCGCUCACCGUCAGAUCAUUGCCGUAUCCUGAAAUGGGUCUCUGGUACCUAACAUUAGAAUAUGCUUGUAAUAAUUCAAACAAUCAAUGUGAUAAUGCAACAAUGUUAGUUAAUUUUCAAGUCCUAUCAUCACAAUGUACUCGACAACAAUGUGGAAUCUAUGGCGUAUGUCGCAUAAUGAUAUCGCAACAGAAUAUAUUUUCAGCUUGCAUUUGUCUAGCUGGCUACCGCGGUUAUGGUUGUACCGAUAGUACUUAUUCACACGUUUCACGAUAUCUACCGAGCGUUUUGUUUUUAACAUUGAGUAAUCUAAUGUUUAUUCCAGCGGUUGUGUUUGCCAUUUACAAUCGCUUAUAUAUCGAAGCGUUGGUUUACUUUUUUAACAUGGUCUUUUCUACUUUUUAUCAUGCUUGUGAUCAAGAAAUACGACGAUUUUGUAUUUUUAAAUAUGAUGGUUUACAAUUAUCGGAUUUUAUUGGUUCAUAUGCUUCCUUUAUCGUUACAUUGAUAACAAUUUCGUUCAUACCUCGUUCAAUCAAAAUCUUUCUAUUCAUGUUAGGUGUUCUAACAUGUGUCGUGAUCAAUUCCCGUGAUCGUUUCGACAAUAUACAAUUCAUUGUGCUCUUAUCCAUUACAUUUAGUUUUACACUUCUAACAUGGAUUGUAAUAUCGGUUAAAAAACGUCGUUUACAAUUGACAAGAAAACGCCUCGUGUGCAUCUGCUUGGGCUUAGCAUUUGCAAUAACGGGACUUGUUCUAUUUGCUUUUUUUGAAACAAAUGACAAUUAUUGGUAUAUACAUAGUCUGUGGCAUAUGUUCAUGGCCAUUUCCAUUCUAUUUUUCUUGCCACAAAAGAAAGGACAAGGUACGCAGCGAAAAAGAUCUAUUGAAUUGAAUUUAAAUGUUACAUCUAAUCAAUCAGUUGGCGUAGUGAACGAAGGAGCCAUAUUACCAACCAUUGAGACAAACAAUCAACGUGAUAUGAAUACAUCUUCUACAGCUUAA